AUGCGUUCGAUCAUCUCCCUAGCAUUGUGCCUAGGUGCCGUCGCAGCUACUGAGCUCAAGACACGCACUGUUUAUCAAUUCGCCUCCAACGAAACCUGGUUAGAGAACCUAGUCACACGAUCCAAUGGCAUCAUCCUAGCAACCGAGAUCGGCCCCCCAGCCAACCUCCUGGCCUUUGAUCCCCGUGAGAAGCACCCCAAGAAGAAGGUCAUCAAAGACUUCACCUCGGUGUUGGGUCUUUCCGGUAUCACUGAGGGAGCUCAUGAUGUCUUUUACGUUGCCGGAGCGAACACCACAUCCGACAACAUCAGCGACCCCCCCACGAACGCGACUCACGUCUGGGAAGUUGAUUUCAACAAGAAUAGCGAGCACCCCCAUAUUAAGCUUCUGUGCCGCCCAACCGCACCUACUGGAUUCAACGGUCUGACAUCUUUCAACGAGACCAUCCUGCUCGCUAGCGCCUCCUACCAAAGUUCCAUCUUCGCUAUCGAUACCCAGACCGGUCGUACCUGGGAAGCUAUCAAGCAGACGAGCCUUAUGUCUAUGAUCAAUGGUAUCAAGGUCUCUGACGGCUUUGUGUACUGGUCUGCUAACGGCGCUUUGUACCGCGCUGAGCUGAACCCCGAUGUGACUGCUGGUACUGGUGAGCUCGUUUUCCAGGCUAGCGCGAUCGAUGAUUUCGCUAUUUCUCCUAAUGGAUUCGCUUUGAACUCGACUUACGGCUCGGACUAUAAGUUUGCGUACCUCGCCACGGCUUCUUAUAACACUAUUGAGCAGGUGAUCUUUACCCGCAAUGGCACUGCUGUUGGCCAUGAGAUUAUCGCUGGUGCCGAGGACUCGACUGAGGUUGCUGAGCCUACCGGUGCUUUCUUUGGACGGGGUGAGGGUCAGUUGAACAAGCUUUAUGUUACUACUGGUGGUGCCAGUGCUGUCAACGUUGAUGUUAAUGGUACCGAUGUCGCGGUUGGUGCGCAGCUGUUGGAAAUCCAGUUGAGCUAA